CGACGACACCAGCACUCUACAGCCCGCCAUGGCGACCUCAAGGAUCUCGGCGCCGCUGCGGGGCGUCUCACAGCAACUGGGCCGCCUGUCGACACGGCCGACUGCGCUGCCCGCCCGCUGCCCCAAGUCCAUCGCCUCGUCCUUCGCCCGCCCAAUCGCCACCUCGACCCCCGCGAGGGCCGCUGCCGCUCCCAUCACCACCUCGGCCGACGCCUUUGUGCCCGUCACGCCCUUCGCCGAGCAGACCGUGCUCGCGACCAUCCACCAGUUCCCUUCGCUCGAGCCAUUGCGCUUCGAGCAGUUCCCCGCGAACCACCUGUACCUGCCCGUAAGGAAGGAUAUCCUCCAUCGCGCUGUCGUCUAUGAGGGCGACAUGACGCGACUGGGCACCGCCUCGACCAAGAACAGAUGGGAGGUCCGAGGUUCGGCCAGGAAGAUGCGCCCGCAGAAGGGCUCCGGUCGCGCUCGUAUUGGCACCGUCCAGUCGCCCGUCAUCCGAUCUGGAGGUGUUUCUCACGGACCCAGGCCCCGCGACUUCUCCACCGAGCUGCAGAAGAAGGUCUACGAUCUGGCGUGGCGGACAGCACUCUCGCACCGCUUCCGCCGGGGCGAGCUGAUCAUCGUGGACAACGCCAUGGAGAUUGAGAGUCCGUCGAUCCGCCUCCUGGAGCACGUGCUCAAGUACCAGGCAAAGCAAAGAGGCGGCAAGGGCAAGAGUCUGUUGGUCACGCUCGAGGAGCGGCCCAUGCUCGAGAUGGCGCUGGAAGAGCUGGAAUCUGGCGACACAACCCUCCUUUGGGACGAAGUUGACGUGAAGAACCUGCUCGAAGGCUCGCGCGUUCUGAUCGAGCGCGCUGCACUCAACAACAUCCUACUGUCUCACCAAGAGGACCUCACACACAAGGCCAUCCAGCCAUGGCACAAGGGCCUUGUCCAGGCGUCGCCGGCAGAAGAGCUCGAAUCGACUAUUGGCUGGGCCGAGUUCCGCGGUCUCAUGCUCACCGAUCCUGCUGAAAUGGACGCAGCCCGUGCAAACGCGUACGAGAGCGUAGCAUCAACCCGCUACGCCCACGCCGAGUCGCUCCCUGAAGGUCCCAAGCGCGCAGAGCUCAUGAUUUCUGCGUACAAGCUGCUCGCCGAGGCUAAGCAGUACCAGUUCGCCCAGCGCACGGGCAUGCCAUUCGCCGACUACGAACACAUCCAGAACCGAGAAAACGCCCCAUCGCACUUCCCGCGCAUCCAGGCCCUUGACUACCAGAUCACGACCAAGAUGCAGCUCGGCGGCACAGCAGAAGAGACGUCGCGCGUGGCUGCUGAGAAGCACUACGUCGAAGUCCGUGAGCUGGAAGUCGAGAAGCAGGACAUCAUCUUCGAGGCCGCGCUUCUCGCAGCGCAGGUACAGGAGCACCUCGCCGAAGCAAACAGCUUGACUGGCGACGCAGCAGCGGCAGAGAUUGCGCUGGCCCGCGCCAGUGUCCAACGUACCAAUGUCGAUACGCACGAGUUGGAGCAGUUGUCGGCUCGAGUCGAGCUUGCGAAGCAGAAGAGGUCGCUGGCGCACGCCCAGGGCAACUGGAAGGCGCAGCAGCAGGCUCAGGAGGAGAUCACACUAGCCAACCAGGCGCUCGAGACAGCCAUGGCUGAGCAAGAGGUUCUGAACGAGGUUGAGGAGACGGAGUGGGCGGAGCCGGAGCCUGAGCAGAGCAGCCAGGAAAAGAGAUAG